GUGAAAACGAUCGUCGGAUAUUCGUUUACGAUUAUAAUAUUUUCUGUACAUUUUUCAUAUCGUUACUAUUCCGGAGACGCGUUUUCCCGUGAAAAACGAAGCAGUCGCUCCGCCGACGGCGCGCCCCGGAAAAUGGCCGAGUUCGACGCGAACAACAACAGCGCCGCUCCGUCGCCCGCCGAGAAGACCCAAGAGAAAUACUCGCUGCGACCCCGCGCCACGCUGAAGCGCGAGGAACCCGACGACGACCACGAAGACGGCUGGAGACCCACGACCCGCGGCCGGUCCGCGAAACGCCGGCAAAAGCCCAAACCCCUCAGCAGGUACCUAUUGUAUAUUACGUUUAUACUUACACUGUGUUUUAGUUUUGCUUCAUCGCCGCCCCAUUUUAACGAAGUAUACUCUUUACGUCCGUCGAUUUUUGUGCGUUUGAGCGUGUUUGUUUGCGAACGCGUUUUUUUUUUUUUUUUUUAAUAUCGUAAUUUCCAUACGUUCGUCUGUAUGUACCGCAACGAUAAUACAAACGCUAUAGGUUUUUAGAGGUAUCGAGAAAAAAAAAAAUAAAAAUCAUCAACAAUUUUCACCGAUUAAAAAAAAAAAUAUCAAAGAACUAGUUUUAACAAUAAAACGAUAUUUUAUUCCCCUUCGGACAUAUCUGUGUGUACAAUAAAUUAUUAUAUCUUUGAAGAGUGUCCGCCCGAAAUUGUGUUGUUUCGCGGCUGCUCUGCUGUGCGCAGAACUCGAAUAUUAUACGGUUUAAUAUUGACGGCCGAGAAACGUUAACUAUAUUGUAAAGAAGUCAUCACCUUUUUUUUUAAACAUUUUUAUUGUGUAUACGUGAUGGAUACUAAAUAAAUUCAACACGAAAUAAAAAAAACAAUAUGAAAAAAAAAUUUGUUUUAUAAAAGUAUUUGGUUUUGGUUUUUUUUUUUUUUAGUAGGACGGCCAAAUUAAAAAAAUGAAAAAAAAAACAAUAUAUCGCGAGGAAAAAAAUUUUAAACUCGUCUUAGAUCAAUAGGAAUUUUUUAAGAAAAAAAAAUCUUUACUUUUUGAAAAACGUAGUUACAUUAGACCGCGAUAUAAUAUUACAAUUCCAAACGCGUAUUUCGCGCGGGGAGUUUGAAUUUUUUUUUUAUGAGUUAUGAACAAUUUAAAUUUAAAUAUUGUGUAUAUAAAAAUACUUUAUAUAAGUAUUAUGAUAUUUUUACGAUUUUUUUUUUUUUCAUAUUAUCCGUGAUUAACAAUGCAGUAAUAUCGGUAAAAAUAUUAUGAAUGCAUUUUUUUUUUCUUCGAUAGCAAUGCGAAAUUAAUUAUGAAUACUUCAACUUCGAGCUAUAAUGCCGUAAUGAUAGCGUCGUUCGAAAAAAAAAAAAAAAUUAAAAAUUAAAGAUCGAACUUUGUUUCAAUCAUCGAAAAACAUUCGUUACGCUAUUGCGCGGACUACACACCUCGUUGUUUUUUUUUUCGUCCGUAUCGCCAAGGUAACAAGGUAAACCGACAAAAAAAAAAAAAAAAAAUCAGAACUCCGUUCCCGAAAUACCGAUAACCCCGCGUCGACCUUUCCUCUAGUAAUUGAAUACGGUGGUGGGGUGGGGGGUGGGGGAGAGAAAUAUCGUAAAUGUUAUUUCUGGUUUAGAACGCGCAAAGUUUCGGCCCAACGCGUUCGGCAGAUCGGACGAGAACCGCUGAAACAGACGUCCGUCCGAGCAAAAAUUAUUGUCAUUUACAACGUUAUCAGUACCCACUGCGCCUUAUAUUGUUUUAUUCGUGUUAAAUUGUUCGAAUCGCUGAAAACAAUCGGGACUGUUGUCGAUUUUACAUCGUAUUAACGUAAAUUUAACAUGAAACGUCCGCCUGAAUCGACUUAUUAAUUAUACGUUUAUAUCCACGUAAACGUAAUGCAGUAGGAGGCAUUGAUGUAACGUUAAAACUAUGUUGAAGUAGAACGAUUAUACGAACAUUGCACACCGAUUGAUCGUAAACAUCCAUUUAACAUGUACAACAAAUGUUUCAAAAACGAAAAUACGAGAAAUAUUCUUGGCUGAGCGAGUAUUUUCUUUUUUUUAUUUUUAAAUUUGCGCCACACCGCCGGAUGACCUCCCCGAUCAUAUUGCGAUUCGUUGUUGACCGUUUUAUUUUCACUUAUCGAACAUACUCGUCGUGCGAAUUGUAUAGAUUGUUGGUUCUCUUAUCGAAUAGAGAAGAAAAAAAAAAUAUAUACAAGUAUAGGUGUAUUUUUCAUUUAAUCGUAUACACGUUAUAAUGGUUGUACAUUUUUUUAUUUAUUUUAAACGCGAGCAUUGGCCCUUACAUAUUUUUCUUUUCGCUUGUUUAACGGAAAUUUAACGAACGCGCGGCACUAUAAGCGCAGGCAUAAUAUUUAUUUACAUUAUGGUUAUUGUUUAUUGUCGGACUAGAAAUUACGCUUUCGUUUCGAAAAAUUUCGGUAAAUCCGUUUUAAUGCAACGGCAUUUUCGUUUGCGUACGAAUUAUUAAAGAAUUACGUAGACUUUGUAGACUUUGGUUAACAUUACCAUACGCGUUUUCUUCUUGCCACCGCGGGUCUCGUACGCGCUCGUCUUUUUCGCGACACGAUUCUCUGUCUGUCUAACUGUCUUGCUCUACGUCUCUUACCGCAUGAAAACAUUUUCGCAAAACUGCCGCAGACGUCCCCUAUAUCGUAUUAUUGCUCUUUUAAUGCUAUGCCGAAGUUUUCGGUUUUAUACCGCAUUCUGUGCCGGGUUCAUAAUACGCAACUGAAUUAUGACGAAAAAUCUUUAUUCGUUUGCCGUUAGUAAAUUGUAACGGUUAAAAAUAUCUAUUAAAAAAAAAAAAAACCCUAGUUUUAACAACUAAAAAAUCGUAUUAAAUUAGCGCCCGGGAUUAAAUGAUGCCUUUAAAACUUUCGAAAAUUACUCUAAACAAUCGUAAAAUACGUCCUAAAAAAAAAAAAAAAAAAAAGUAUUUCAGCUAAAUAAUGACCCGAAAACGACCGAAUAAUGGAAAAACAGCAAAAUAAUGCAAUGUAAAAGUAUCAACGUCGCAGACGUUGUUUGAGCCUGCGGGUUACGCACGGCAGUAAGACGUUAGACCACAAAUCGAACGGUCCACGAUCUGACGGGGGNGGGGGGGGGGGGGGGGAAACGCCCGAAAACCCGUCAGAGCGAAUUUCACGAAACCGAAGACGACAUUUCGAAAGGCCUGAAUAUUGUGUGACCGUCGAUUGAGCAUUGAGCGUGUAUAAAAACGCGGUGGACACUCGAUGAGACGUUAAGACAACGCGAAACCAACGUUUCACUUUUAAUGCGGGUACGUAUUGCGAUACAUCUGCGACGCGAAUCGAAUGCUACGAUGCGCGCCUGUUCGCUCGAAAUGCACCGCCUUAUUAUCGCCCCUUCCUUCGCGUCCAUCCUGUACUCCGAAAUGGAAAAAAAAAAACAAAAACACAACCUCUACGCCGCACACCGAAAUCCGGCACUAUUGCUUUUUACUAUACGAUUUUGAAAACAAAUGGGUUUUUUUGUUCCACGUUUUCUUUUCGGUUCGGCCCGUAACGCGCGUAAUCGAAUACGACUAAUCGCCGAGCGCAUUAAGAGGACACCGCGCCCGAGGGCGGUGAAUUAUCGCCGCGAUCGGAUAGACGUUUACGACCGUCGCGGGAACGCGGCGUGAUGCAACGCCGCGCCCGCCCGUCGCCAACGCUCGAGAAUCCGGAUCACCCGCGUGAUUGCUACCGUCGUCGUAAACCGUAAAUCCGCGUCUCGUCGGGCGCCGGCCGGGUACUGUGCGCGACUGCGGGUGUAAUAACGACGUGCGGCCGGGAAGGAGGAGAGAAAAAGAAAAACGGAUUUUCCGACCGAGAGACGGUUUUCGGCGCGCUUUUUCUUAUUUUUUUUAAAAUCUUAUUUCCCCCCACCCUCCGGCCGCACGUCUUAUUCGACCGGCGGACGGUCUUACCGCGGACAGACGUUCCGUUGUGCAGGUAUCGCCGCGAUACCGGAGCCCUGGACACCGCACCGGCGCUUUGGCACAGCCGGCGGCGUACCGUGACGCUGUUAUUUGGAGACGCGUGUUUCGAUGUUUUCUACGCGGCCGCGCGGACGCCAGGGUUGGCGAUCCAGACCCGGUUUACGGCGGCACGCCGCGAUUCGUGUACGGGGGUCCGCGACGUUUUCAACGGAUCUGGCGAUUUUAAAUCUCGAGCUAUUAUACGAACUAUCGUCAGCUGCCCGAACUGUGUUCAUCUCAAAUUGCUCGCGGUUUAUUUUCGAUUCGCGAUAUCCGACGCAAUAAAUUCGGUCGUUUUCGCUGGCUUGAGUCGUUCAUUUUCUAAACGUCAAGCGUUCGAAUUCACACCGGGCGCACGUUUGAAUCGCAAGCGAUUUUUCGAUUGUUGUUCGGUUUUAUAACCGACUUCCUCUCGGGGAUUCGUAUAAAACGUUCGCAAUGAUUUACGGUCGUCACGUUUAAACGAUUCGAUUCGAUUCAAUUACCGUGUUUAAAAAACGUAUUAUUUUUUUGGUUUUAAUUAAUCGGGUUUGGGGUUUGGGAUUCGUCGAAAAUCGGUAAUGCUUUUUUCGUUUUUUUAGACGGGGUUUACCGUACGGAUCGGUUACGCCCUCGCGGUGUUAUUUACGUGGACACAAAUAUCAUGAAAAGGUAUUCCGUCGCAACAACGAAAUGAGAAAACGCGUUCUCUUGCACAUAAAAAAAAAAAAAAAAUAAAAACUAAACGGGUAGAAUAAUGAAAAAAAAAAACAAAAACAUUAAUUAAUACAUUACGAGCGUAUAUAUACAUCCGAUUGAUCGAAAAAUCGAUAGUGUACCCUAUCUUUAUAUAAUAAAAUAUGGGCAGGUUUUAAAACAAUUUUUGUUUUUAGGGGUUCGUUAGGGUUACGCCCUUUUAACGGCGAAGUUAUUUAUGGAUAUCGGUUUUGAAUCGAAAACGAAUCCGGGGUGGGCGCAUAAAGUUAUAUUAACAAUUUCCGUUGUUUGGUUUUUUUUUUUUUAAGAUUCGGAACGUAGCGAGAAAUUUAUUGGUUUUACAUUGAUGUUUUUUUUUUUUAAUUAUUCUAUGAGCAACUGUUCUACCAGAAAUCUUGUUCUGAUGCAUCAACCGUAACAUUUUUUCCGAAAGGAAAUUUUAUCUUGUUGAGAGGUUAUUUUUUGAUUUUCCGAGCGGUUUUCAUAAUAAUUGGGAAAACAACUUAAGAAAAACGGGAACAUGUACGUAAAUGCAUGAAAGGAACUUCGUUCUAAAUCGUUUUCCGUUAGCAAUGGUUUAUCGUUGCGUGCAGAUAUAAAUUAAAUUCUCUUCUAUAACUAUUAUUACCUCCCCGACUUCUCACCUACGACAGUGGUCCACCCGUCGUACGAAGUAUGUCCGUUUAUUAUUAUUAUUUUUUCGGACCGACUAAGUUCCGACGAGGAAAGUAUGAAAAUUCCCAGUCUUACGAUAUGAUUUGUGUGUGCUAUACAAAUCAAAACUGAUAUGACUCCGGUUUAUGUUGAGCGAUCGUACAGAACAAGAAAAAAAAUAAACUAAUUAACGCGUUAAUAAUUAUUAAAUAAAAACCGAUUCGAGUAACUGUGAGUUAAUAGUUAAAAAUUUCCAAGAAAAAUAAUUACAACAGUUCAAUCGAAAGUUAUUGUUAUUAUUUUUAUAUUGGCGUUAACUACGUACUCGUGAAUGUGUUUUGCAGUACUCUAAUUUUUAUUAGAUACUUUACCAUAUCGUGUGCACAAGGCUCGCGGGCAACUUAAAUUUUAACGAAAUCGCUAAUGCUGUUUGGAUAACAUNCCGACUUCUCACCUACGACAGUGGUCCACCCGUCGUACGAAGUAUGUCCGUUUAUUAUUAUUAUUUAUUCGGACCGACUAAGUUCCGACGAAAAAAAAAAAGAAAAAAACAUAGCUACGAAACGCUCUCACUCGGACGCGAAGCCCCGUCGAAAAUAAAUAUUUCCAACGCGCGUUGUCACUGGCGUACUAUUAUUUGAAAUCGGGUACGUUGACUUUCGAUUUCUGUGAAAAAUUCUAAACCGCGUCGGGCACCUCUAUCUACUACUACCAAUACGACUACCACUACUACCGCUACUACCACUACCACUACGACCACUACGACCACUACGACUACUACUACUACUACUGCUUACCUCGUGUACCACCUCGCGCACACGUUAUUAACACGGUCGUUUUUUAUUAUUUUUUUUUUCUUUUCUCAUUUUCACCAGUCAUCGUGAAUAACAUUAGAAAUUAAAAGAACACGCGCGGGUGUAUGCUUACUACUGCGCUUGUAAUAGUUAUGACGAUGGCAAUUAUUAUUACGAUACAAUUCUCCGGCACACGAACACUACACACCGUAUACAUAAUAUUAUAAAUUAUGUUAAUGAGUCGCGGUCUAUUAGUCAAAAAACUCGGCGCGUUAUAGUUACAGUCUGUCUAGUGGGAAACGGGACUGCGUGAAGACAUUUGGGAACGGAACGGUCCUAAUGCUCCGCGCGGUUCAUAAACGGCCUCGUAACGACCAAAUCGCGGGACGCGUAUACGCGCAGAAACGACAAAAAAAACCCCGUGUAUACGUUAUAAGGGCGUGAUAAAACGGAGAAAAGAGACAUUUGGAAAAGGCGGUACGAAUGGACGUUUGGAAAACGUGGACGGGCGCGGCCGAGUAAUAUCGUGGAGCAAUUUUCGGAGUCUUAUGCACAGUUGGCGCCGAAGUAAAUAGGAUCCGACAACGGACGAAUAGUAGCCAGUUUCUAUACGGCGAAUACACGCCGCGGUACGUUGCGCGUAUCACGGCAAUUUUUUUUGCUUCCGCGCGUCCGUAUCGCCGAGAUAACCUAACCUAACCGACACGAAUAGUUCCAUGUCAGUACCGAAAAUACCGACAACACCGCGCGGGCCCCUGUUUAGCGGUUGAAUUCGGGGAGGCGGUAGGUAUAGCCCACCCUUCCCCUCCACCACCAAUAACAGUACGUCGUUGCCCCGGGUUCAGAACUACGUCCGUCGUAAGUAAAAACAUCGUCAGUAUUGGCGCGUAGAUGUUACGGACGUCCGUCAAACGUUCGCGAUUUCGCAUUUAUGAUACCAACCGGAUUUUCGCCAAACCGUUUUUAAACGUUAAUUUUAUUUAUGUAUACAUGAAAAAAAAAAAAUAAAAAAAAACCCGACGUUCAUUCGCGCAUUAAUCCACGAGAAAAACGUAUUAGGUACGCGGCGCGUUUUUUUUUCCACCGAGAUUUUGUCGUUGCGCUCGCGACGUGAAUACAAAUCGAUUUACCGUUUUGGGAUCGCGCGAGCGGAGGAGCGUCGCCGCCGCCGCCGCCGUCGGGUAAUGUUUUCGGAUCGCUUUACUUGUCGGCCGUCGUUAUUGAAUCUUUAAAGUUUCGUUGUUUUUUUAUUUUGUUUUUUAUUACUCACAGAAAUCCGUUUACUCGCGCGUAUUUACGCGAGAAUUCCUGUUCGAUGACUGUAAUACAGCGGUAGUCUCCGAUUAUGAGAAAUAACAUCGUUUUAAUAUACGUUACGGUGUGACUAAUGAGUUUAGAGUGUUUUGUUCGGAAUCGAUUACGGGGCGUGCGGAUUUAUACGUACGGGCGGGCAAGGAAAGGAAACGAACGAAAAUAUAAUUUGUUUUUUUUUUUUUUUUGUUUUUUUAUUUCGUUCACCGGAUAUUCGCUACCGGAAACCGCGCCCGACGUCUCGGCGGUCGGAGCGAGUCGGAUGUUUUCUGGUCGAAACAGCGCACGCGUUAUAAUAAAACCCAUAGAUUCCCCAUCGCACCGCUUGGAAUCUAAAACGCCGACGUCUUUUGAAACGGUUCGAGUCGAAAACGAUUAUCGAUUAGUUUCGUCUGGGGAACACGUUCUUUUUAGUCAGAUAUCGAACGUGAGAAAACCUAACACAAAAAAAUCAGGCUCUAGUAAGCGCACGCGCGCAAUAACAGUCCUAACCCGCACAAACGCCUAACCGAACCUAUUAAUAACGGCCGUGCGUUUCUUUGCACCCACAGGUAUCGGAGGAAGACGGCCAACGCGCGCGAGCGGAGUCGGAUGCGUGAGAUCAACGAGGCGUUCGAAGCCCUGCGGCGGGCCGUACCGCACCUGGCGGUGGACGCGCACAACGAGAAACUCACCAAAAUCACCACGCUCCGGUUGGCCAUGAAGUACAUUUCGGCGCUGAGCGGCCUGCUGUCGGCCCCGGCGACGGCGCUCGCGACGCCGUCGGCGCAGUCGUCCUGUCCGGCGGCGGCCGCCAACGCCAGCGCCUCGGCGGGCCGCGGUCUGGUCGCCGGGGCGACAAUCAUGUCGUCGUCGUCGCCGUCGUCGUCCGUGCCGGUCGACCUGGCCGCCCUGGGCUGUCUGUCGCCGUCCACGUCCGACGACGUGGACUCGCUGCUCAGCGAGUACGCCACCGACCUGCUGGGCGGCGCCGGCAGCGAGUGUUCGUCCGCCGCGUCCACGGUCGGGUUCCUGGCCGACCACCAUUCCGCCGCGUUCCUCCGCGACUUGCCGGGCGCGGCCGCCGCGUCCUACGCGCUGUCCCCGUCGUCGUGCUCCAUGUCGGCCACCGACGUCAUAAUCGGCGGCGGCGGCGUCGGCGGCGGCGGCGGCGGCGGCUGUUUCCCGUCGCCGCUCCAAUUGUCCGCGGACUUCCCGGUGGACGUGGCCGCCGCGUUCUUGCCGUUCGCCGACCACCCGCUGCCGCCCAUCGACUUUAACGGCGACCCGUACAUGUUCGAAGACAAUUUCGCCUGCACCGAGUUCAGCUAGGCCGCCGUCCGAUCCGCCGACGACGCCGGGACAAGGUGUGCCAUAUUAAAUAGUGUAAUUAUAAUUUUUAUUUUUUAAUUAUUGUUUUACGACAGUCUGAAGAAUUUAGCAUUUUUUUUUUUACAUUUUUUUUAUCAUUAUUAUUAUUAUUAUGAUUAUUAAACUGCUCUUUUUUUAUUUUUGUAUUUUGUAUUUGUAUUUGUAUUUUUUUUUUCGUACUUCUCCGUCGAGACCGCGUCAUGUGAUAAUAUAAUAAUUUGAAUAGCGUAUAGAAGUAUGUGUAGUGUUAUUGUAAUAGUACCCCCGUCCCACUCAUUCCCCUCAAGUGCGGCGUACGGUUUAUGUGUAUAAAUCGUUUAGUUUCGGACGGACGGAUUGAACCGCGAGAGUUUCCGGGAGAGAAAAUCGAACGAUCGUUUUUUCCGUUCGUUUAGUUAACGGUAUUAAAUUUUUUAAUUUUUUUUCUUUCCGAACCAUCGAGCUUUCCCGCACGCGGCGUUUCGGCGGGCGCGGACCCGUUCGGUUUUGUCGCAUCGAAUUUUCGCGUUCGUCGCGCGCCUUCCCGUACCGCUACAUUACACACGAUAAUCGAUUGGUGGGGUGGGGGGACGGGAAACAAAACCGAAAUCCGACGGCGCCGCGGCAAACUGGUUAUCGAUUUUCAAACGCAAAACGUCGGAGCGCCCCGUACUGGUAUCAGUUUUUUUUCUCCGGGUCCUUUUCGCACGCACCGUCACGUGCGCGCAGCGAAUUUUCACUCGCGUCUCGAAACCGUAAUGCGAUAACUCGCCGCGGUUAAAUGUAAUUAGAAAAAAAAAGCCCGAGGAACGAAACGACAGCAACGAAGACGAUAAAAAAAAAAAAAAAAAAAAAAAACCAAACCGAACACUACUUUAAACUUUUCGAUUUGUCAUUGCGUUCACGUAUGCGACGCGACGAGAGCGAACAAAAAAAAAAAAAAAAUGAAACAUAAACAUCUCGCGUACGACAAACGGGUUUAUACGGUUCUGUACUAUUUUUUAAUACCCAUGAGAUUCGCCGUCGUUUUCGCGAUCGUUUUUCGAUUUUUAUCAUCCGUACCGUAGUUUUUUAUUUAUUUUUUUUUUUAUCGCUUUUUGACGUUUCCUCUUUCCGUUAGACACGUGCGAUCGUUGAACGCACGAAAAUGACCCCCCCCCCUUCCUUCACCUCCGAAAAUUGCGAUCUUUUUUUUUCCUUACCCUCGGGCAAUCAUGUCGAAAAGCGUCGAAAAUCGGCUUUUAUGAAAAACAAACAAAAACCCGAUUCUUUAUUGAAAUAACGAUCGUUCGACGAUAAAAAAAAAAAAAAAAAAAAAAAAAACGAAAAUAAAUAAUCCGAGACUAACCGCACGAGGACGCGACCGUUUAAAUAUUGGCUCGGGAUAAAUAGGAUAUGGUAAUAUAUUUUUAUUUAUUUUUUUUUUUUUUGAUUUUUUUAUUCACCGAUUUCUCGUGGUUAACACGUACCCAGCCAAUACGAAUAUUAUCGCUGGGACACAGUUUUUUUUUUUUUUUUUUUGUUUUCUUUUAUAUUAAUAUUUUUCCGCUUUCGCAAAUACCGCGACGUUCAUUUACGUGUUUAGGCAAUUUACUACGAGACAUUUUUUUCCUCCUUUUGCGAGGUAAGGGGCGAGUUAUUUCUUUUUACGAAAAAUCGCCUUUCGCGAGAAAAUAACUCAAAACAUUUUGACGGAUUACCGGGUUUUUUUUUAUUAGGAUCAUAUAUUAUUUUUUCGUGUUUAUUUUUAUUACUAUCGUCUUGUCUUUGUUACCUUUAUCGAUUAUUAUUAAAGUUUAUAAUAUGUGUAUAAUAGUUAUUAUAUAAUCUACAUAAUUUUUUAUUACGUUAAGUUUUGUAAAUAUUCGCAUAAAAAAAUAUCGAUUUAUAUAUAAUAUAUUGUGCAUAUUAUUAUUAUUUUUAAUAAAUUAUUCAUUAUAUUAUAAACGUA